AUGUCGAGCACAAUGGGGACUCAGGUCGAGGCCGUGGCGUCCCAUGCCAGCCCAGCGGUCAGCGAGGAAUGGGACAAGAGACUGCGCGUGAUUCAUGUUGACCGAAGGAAGCUCUUGAAUCGAGCAAAUGAUGUGCAGCGUCGGCGCCGGCGCCGCGAAGAGCGCGGGGCAAGUAGUCGGCUCCUGUCGUGGCUAGUUGAUCGUGGUCUUCAGAGUCCACCAGUCGACGCUGUGGAAUUGCCUUCGCCUUUUGCCAGCAAUAUUGUGGUCAGUGCCAAGUACAGGGUAUGGAAUUUUGCACCGCGCGUGCUCCUGGCGCAGCUGCAGCGUCCUUCGAACGUGUACUUCCUGUUUAUCGCGUUUCUCCAGACGAUUCGAGAAGUCAGUAACACACGCGGCAUCCCGACGAUUCUUUUGCCGUUGGCAGUGGUUUUUGUAUGUAGUGCCAUUAAAGAGGCACUGGAAGAUCGAGAGCGUCAUCGAGCAGACCGUGUGACGAACAGUCGACCGGUACUGACGCUCAGUCCUUUUGGUCGAUGGGAACAGCGGCAGUGGGGGGAUUUACAAGUCGGAGAUAUUGUCAAGGUGAUGAAAGACGAGACGAUUCCGGCAGAUUUGUUUCUACUGUCAGCAGAAGCAGUGGAACACGACGACGACGGCAACGACAAAAGACAAUCAAUACGAACGCAGGAUCCUUUGACUUUGGAAGGAGUUGAGUCUUUGAAGGACUCGAAAAGUCGAAAAAGUCUUGCACAGGAUCCUUUGGAACGUCUUGUAGCUGUAAAGAUUGAUGAGGAUGAAGCAUACAGGUCAGCGCUGCCAAAGGAGGGGACAGCAGAGACUAAUCUAGCGUACAUUGAGACUAAGUCACUGGACGGUGAGACGAACCUGAAGAUCCGUACGGCUAUUCCGUUGAUGACUGCCCUAUGUCGGCGAUCAAGUAAUAGUCGUCAAAUUGUUGAUGGAGGUGGACACAACGGGCUGUGCGGUACACUGAUGUGCGAGCAGCCAAACAACCGAAUCUCUAGCUUCGAAGGUACUUUUUCGGCCGUAUUGAGCCCUGCCCAAGUGCAUAUGCUGGGUGUAGACGAAGGCGAUACAAAGAAUGCUAUUUGCUCGUUACAACCAGUAGCUCAAAGACAUCCUACUGCCGGUCUUUUGCAGACCGAAACAAACGAGGACGGCUCCGUGUGCGUGCGCAUGCCAGUUACAGCGAAGCAGAUAAUGCUCCGGAGCUGUGUGCUUCGGAACACGGGCUCGGUGACAGGCUUGGUGGUGUUUACUGGACACGAAACUAAGGUGUUUUGCAGCAACACCGAGCCCGUGGUGAAGACCUCAUCAGUCGAGAGACGAUUGAAUCGGCUCAUUGUCGGUAUUGUUUUUAUCCAGCAGCUCAUUUGUUUUCUGGGUGCACUGCUCGGUGCUCGCUGGACGCAUACAAAUGGAGACUCGCCCUGGUAUCUUUUCAGUGCAGUUGAGCGGCGACAUCACGAUCUUACUGAAUCUGCUCCUGACCCUCUGGCUGAGCUCGCGAAGUUGCACCUGCGGUACUUCAUCAUCAUGCAAAACUUUGUCCCUAUAUCGCUGAAUGUAUCACUGGAGUUUGUCAAGUACUGGCAAGCGUACUUUAUUGAGCAGGACCUCGAGAUGUACGACAAGCCUUCUAAUACGCCGGCUAUAGUUCGGUCCUCGGCACUCAAUGAAGAUCUUGGCCGCGUGCAUCAUGUCUUUACAGACAAGACUGGUACCCUCACGAUGAACCUCAUGCUUUUUCGUUACUGUAUGGUGGGUGGAAAGCAUUACGGUGGUCAGAUGGACGACAAAGGUAUGGUGGCGGAUGCUCCCAGUGAAACAUCGUCGAUAACGGGUGGUGCCUCGAAAGAUGGUCCCAGGUACGUAGAUUUCGACCCUACCGAACUCUUUGCUGAUAUUCGUGCGGGAGGCGAGCAGGCAGAAACUCUUCGGCACUUUUUACGGCAUCUGGCAUUGUGCCAUACGCUAAUUCCGACUAAAUCUCUCGCAGAAAUGUGCAGAACGCCCUUUCCGGAAUACUCUGCAUCGUCACCUGACGAGCAAGCAUUGGUGUCUGCCGCGGCAUUCUGCAACGUGCGCUUUGUGCACAGAACUCCUGAUGCCCUAAUGCUGCUGGAACCGGGAUUGGUAGCACCUUGCCAAUACAAAUUACUGAACGUGCUCGAGUUUGAUAGCGAUCGCAAGCGCAUGACAGUGAUUGUAGAAACUCCCGAUGGAGCGAUUGAACUCCUUUGCAAAGGCGCAGACAAUGUCAUUUUCGAGCGCCUUGCUGUCGAUUACGCGACAUUGCGCGGUCGCACGGCCCACGAGCGAGCGGUCGAUCAACUUACUCUGUAUGCAAAAUCUGGAAUGCGUACACUUUGCCUCGCGUAUAGAGCCAUCGAUCGCUGUGAGUAUGAUGACUGGAAUGCUCGUUUUACACAGGCGCAUACUUCCAUGGAGGAGCUAGUGAAGCGGCGCCAAGGUCGUCCGAAUGCAAUUGACCCACUCAUGAACGAAGUGGAGCGCGACUUAGUACUCUUGGGAAUCACAGCUAUCCAAGACAAACUACAGGCUGGUGUGCCUGCGACGCUACGUCUCCUGCAAGAGACGAACAUUAAGGUUUGGACACUGACUGGUGACAAGAUGGAGACGGCUGUGAACAUUGGGUACGCCAGUGCGCUUCUUUCUCACGAUAUGGACGUACACCGAAUCGGCGGGGGCGACCCCACGUCGGCUGCUGCUGCACUACAAGAGUUAGCUGGGCGUUCAGAUCUCGGGCCAUUAUCGCGUCAUCAAUCGCCGUUCAUGGCCGCGUCGUAUGAUACUGAUCUAGGAGCCGAUGAAGUAUCAAGUACUCAGCGUCACCUUCGUGAUAGUCCACGUCAAACUCCAACCGACUCAAGCAGCUUUUUGGGCUACGCGAAAAUGUUACUGAACAAGUCACUUUGUAGUGCGCCGACGGACAAAAAGACAAAGCACCGGCGGAAGCGAAGCCGAAUGCGUCGAGCAUCAACGACUUCUUUUGCGCUUGGCGGACGCUCGAUGUAUUCAUCAGUCGCAACUGACGCAGAGGUCGCUGACACGUUUGUAUCGGAUGAACAGUCAUUGUACGACGUUGCGAUUGAGGCUGAUAACGAAACGAUUCAUACACCUGAAUAUGGAUCUCUCGCUGCCAACGUGCAAAGUAAAAAUGGUCGCCGGAACAGACUCGCCCCGCAAAAGCUAGCACUUGUGAUCGACGGACAGGCUCUUGACUUUGUUCUUCGCCCUCCGUUGCGUAGCCUGUUUUACCAAGUUACGCGGCAGUGCGCGUCAGCAGUAAUUUGCUGCCGCGUUUCUCCCAAGCAAAAGGCUGACAUCGUCAAGUUUGUACGCGAAUUCGAGCCCGAGAGCGUGACGCUUGCCAUCGGAGACGGAGCGAAUGACGUGGCAAUGAUCCAAGAAGCCCAUAUCGGUGUAGGUAUAUCUGGCCAGGAAGGAGCCCAGGCUGUGAAUGCGUCGGACUAUGCACUGGCACAAUUCCGCUUCUUGCAGCGACUUCUGUUUGUGCACGGCCGGUGGGCCUACCGACGAGUGGCCAAACUUAUGAGCUAUAUGCUUUACAAGAACGUGACAUAUGUGCUCACUACCUUCUGGUUUGGAUGCUUUUGCGGGUUUUCAGGUCAGCCGCUUAUCCUGGAUGCAGCUGCACAAAGCUUCAAUGUGCUCUACACAAGUGUACCAUUGGUGCUUUUUGCUGUCUUCGACCAAGACAUAUCGUCGUUGAGUGCCUCCAAGUUUCCGUACCUAUACACGCUUGGCCAGAAAAACGUGUUGCUGGCACGUCGCGUGUUCUGGCCGUGGAUAUUGAAUGGUGUUUGGCAUUCUAUCGUAAUCUUCUUCGUCUCUGUUUGGGCGUUUGCGGGUUUCGGUCCAAGCACCCGCGAUUUUCCUGUCAUUGCAACGGAGACAGGAAAAGAUGGUGGGCUGGUCACCGUGGGAUUUGUGGUGUUUACAAAUCUUGUGGUUGUUGUCAACGCGAAGCUGUGUCUCGAAACGUUCAUGUUGACGUGGCAGUUCCUUUGUACAGUAAUCGCGUCCGUGCUUUUAUGGUUUGGAGUUGGAUUCGUGAUUUCGCUGCCAAGCACUGGAUUUCCACAAGCUACUGGCGAAAUGGAGUACCUCCAAAAAACACCGACCUUCUGGCUCGUGUGUUUCCUUGUGUUGUCACUGAGCCUUUCGAGAGACGGUCUCUGGAAAGUCAUGCGCCGGUUUCUACUGCCCUCCAUGCAUCACAUUCUCCAGGAACGAGAGUUCAUGGGCUUACCGAACUCGCCCCGGAGCAUGCUGCUCGAGCUCCGUCGAUCGACGUCGGAUGCGGUAAGGUCUGAUGUGCCACGGGCGACCAGACCGGACGAAAGUCUGAUGCGGUCAUCCCCGCUUGGUGAGAGGUUGAUCGCAUCCCCUUUUUCCGAACAAUCCGGUGACAGGGACACGAUUGGCCUCGAUCAUGCUGCAGGACAGUUUCAGGUCCGAGAAAAGAAGAAGCGCAACCUACGCAUUCGUGGAACACUCUGUGCCGCUGGUAGCGAUGGCCGCUUGAACGCUGGAGUGGAGCCGUCGUUUUUGGCAUCUCCUGGAUGUGUUGCUGCGUCCUUCACGGCGGCUGCAGCUAAUGGAUCUCGUCCAUCAUUCAGUGCAGGUCAUGGAUAUUCGUAUCAUGGCUACGCAUUUUCGGAGGACGAGAAUGUGGAUAGUGGUGUCGAGGCAGCGUCUUCUACAAGCGACGUCGACCCUGCCAAGUCAUUGGGGGCGCAUGCGUCGAUCAAGAAAGUUCUCAAGUCGGUUCGUGGUAGAAAAAAUGCAUGA